GGUUCGUGCCCGUUUGAAAGGGAAGACGAAUCUCGUUAGCUAUAGCUUUAGUUAAUGAGAGCAUCGCAGUGGAAAUGGGAGAAUCGACUAAGGAUUCGGUCAAUAGACAAACUUGGCAGUUCGUGAAAAAAAUCCUAGAGAAGGAUUAUGUUGUGAAGCAGACUCUGGGUUCCGGUGGAUUCGGGAAGGUUAAACAAGGAAUCCACCUCAUAACCAAGCACAAUGUCGCCAUUAAAAUCAUGGAUAAGGAGAAGCUCGGUGUGGAUCUACCCCGAGUGCAACAAGAAAUUAACGCCUUGAAGUCUCUUCAUCAUCCGAAUAUCUGCAAGCUCUACCAGGUCGUCGAAACCUUCGGUCACAUCUGCCUUGUACUGGAAUACUGCGAAGGGGGAGAACUCUUCGAUUAUAUUGUGGAUCGCGGUCGCGUCCCCGAGAAAGAUGCCAAGAGACUCUUUCGGGAGAUGGUUUGUGCCGUCUCUUAUAUACACUCGAAAGGGUUCGCGCAUCGAGAUCUCAAACCCGAAAACAUGCUCCUGGACGGAGGCAACAAAAUCAAGCUCAUCGACUUCGGUCUUUGCGCGAACUGGAAACCGUCGAGUCUCGCCCAGAAUCUCAAGACUUGUUGCGGCUCACCUUGCUACGCCGCUCCGGAGCUGUUGUCCGGUCACACCUAUACUGGAACGGCCGCUGACGUUUGGUCAUUGGGUGUGAUCCUGUUCGCCGUACUCUGUGGGUACUUGCCGUUCGAAGGUGACAACGUGCGCGCCAUAACCAAUAAAAUUAACAAAGGUCUCGGGGAUCUCCCGGAUCAUCUCUCGGAGCAGAGCAAGGAUCUCAUCAAGAAAAUGCUCACCGUGGAGCCGAACAAGAGGAUCACGAUGCAGGAUGUCACCGUCCACAGCUGGGUGACCGAUGGGAAACGUCUAUCUGCGGCAACUUCCGCCGCCAUGUACGAUCGGCAGGACUUUGAGGCGGGCAUGCAAUCGGCCGAUCCCAUGGUGAUCAACGAAAUGUCAAAAUACUACCAUAAACCUCCGACGGAACUCAAUGAUUCCAUUGAAAAAUGGAGCUUCGACUCCCAAACGGGAGUUUAUCUGACCAUGCUAGACAGGAAGAAAAAGGGGUUAAUGUACAGAAUAGUCAAAGAAGAGGAGCGGAUCUCGAAACCUGUGAUCCGCAAAACCCUGUUCGAGGAUGACGACGAGGAUGCUCUUCCAGCUAAGAAGGCGCGAAGGUCCAAAACCCUCGAGGAAGGACUCGACGACGUCGAUCUUAUGGUCAUCAAUAGUCCGCCCCAGGUACGCCAAGAAGCAAUGCAGGCCCGUUCACCAUUCAGGGUCCCGGAGGCCGCAACGCCUCGUAGAGCUGCUGAAGCCCCUGUGGGCGACUUUGUGUACAUGACUCCUCAACGUACUCCUAUGAAGUCAACGCUGGCGUCGGGUGGCGGCACGCCCUGGUCGUCGACGAAAAAGUUGUUCGGCAAGGUGCGUCGCGCGCUGAUGACUCCCGGUAGGAAUGCGGGUCAGGAACCGAGAUACGUGAAACACACUCAGAACGUAGCCAAAGUGCCUUAUGUGGUCGACUAUGGAGAACUCCUGCACAAACUCGAGACCAAGCUGCAGGAUCUCAAUUACAAAACGGAAAUCAAGGGAUUCGUUAUCCGAGGAUUGAAGCUCUCCGACCGUGAGAACGUUCGACCUGGUGACAAGAAGUUAGCCAAGUCUACCUUAGAACUGGAAAUCUGUCGGUCUCUGGAAUGGAACUGCCUCGUCAUCAAACGGAAGCGUCUGAACGGCAGUUCGAUCGAUUACGCGAAGGUCUGCGAGAAAAUUCUCGAAGUUUGUGGGAGGCAGGUGACUACAGUCUGAUUGUUCUGCCUCCUCGAUCGGUUCCUGACCCCCAGCUCAAGCCGCGUCGAGGGCUUUGGCUCCGAAGGCCUCGCUGAGAAUUGUUCUCUCUCAAACGACGAUCCUCGAUCCUACUUGAAUUUAAUAAUUUUCGGGCGCAUGGAUAUAUUUUUGACAAACCUCAGAAUCGACUCCAGCCAAUGACUCUGAAUUCAAUCGGGGGAGCUGUAGUGUCAUUGUUUUGUGGACACGAAGUCGUCUCGGCCCUAAUUCGCUGUAGUACCUGAAAGCUGAUUCUGCUCGAACAUCCAUGGCAUUUCUCAUGAAUUAAAAUGUACAUAC